GUAGACAGAGACAGUCCCGCACGUCCCGCAUCAUGUCCGGAUAUAGCAGAGAGGUUCUGCUGGCCACCAGCGUGUUGUGCGGGGCCGGCGGGGCCGUGCAGGCGCGGGAGCUGCACCGGAAGCUGCUGCAGCACUGCGACGUCAGCAAAGAAGAGUUUGACUUCAUCAUGCAGCGGUGCCCGCGCUUCCUGCUCGUCCCCGACCCGGCGGGGGGCGGCGGGGUCCGGCUGGAGGACUGCACGGUGAUCGCCAGAACCUCCCUGCGGCUGUGCGGCAGGUACGGCCGGGAGAAGGGCGCCGGGGCCGGCCGGGAGGAGUGCACCGGGGCCGGGGCCGGGGCCGGGGACUGUCAGGACCUCCACCUCUGCAAGUUCUUCAUCUACGGAAACUGCAGGUUCGGGAAGGGCAGGAAGUCGUGUAAAUUCUCCCACGACAUUCGUUCAGAUCACAACUAUCGACUGCUGAGAGAGUUUACGCUGCACGAGCUCAACGAGGACGACCUGUUUGUGCUGCUGCUGCAGAACGACCCCGCCCUGCUGCCAGAGGUGUGUCUGCACUACAACAAAGGUUCUGGUCCUCACGGAGGCUGCACCUUCCAGGAGAACUGUACCAAGGUGCACCUGUGUCAGCACUUCAUUCAGGGCGACUGCAUGUUCGGACUCAAGUGUAAACGCCGCCAUGCCGUUGACCAGCGAGGCCGCCGCAGGUUGGAGGAGAGAGGACUGAGCGGAGACAUCAUCGAGGAGCUGCCCUUCAUCUACAGGAACAUCCACCACCUCGCAGUCGCCACCGCCUCCACAGAUCGUCGAGACUCUUUGAUCGAACCUGCGACAGAUGACAGGAAGUACAUUUGUCUGCACUUCCUGAGGAACAGUUGCAGGUUCAACUACGAGUGCCGCCGUGUUCACUUCCACCUGCCGUAUAAGUGGGAGGUGUGUGAUGGCAGCACCUGGACAGACCUGCCGCACAUGGAGGACAUCGAGCGAGACUUCUGCGACCCGUCGAAGACGCAGAGCUGCAGCAGUCGGCCCGUCGACUUCCUGACGAUGACUCUGGACUUUCAGCAUGUCCGCCGCCUCUCCACGGUUUCCUCAGUCACAAAGCCGCCUCACUACAUUCUGACGACUCAGUGGUUGUGGUACUACAAGGGUGAUCAGGGGAACUGGGUGGAGUACGGACAGCCGGAUGAAAAGCAGCGCAUCACGUCUGUGACAUCACGGAUGCUGGAGGAGGCGUUCCUGUCCGACAGGAUGGCUGAGGUCAAAGUGGUCAAAGGACAAAGAACCUACAUCGUAAGCUUUAACGACAUGUACCAGAGGAACCCCAAACACAACACCAAGAGACGCGUCCGCCGUCGUCCACGCUUCGUCUCGGUGGCCGAGGUAGAGCAACAGUCGGUCCAGUAGAGAAACCCGGACCUGAUGAGACUGAGUGCCUUAUCCUGUUUGAACACAUCUGAACUAUUUUUAACUGAACUGUUUCCUUCAGGUCCUGGUCCAGAUCCUGGUCCAGAUCUCGGUUCUGGUUUCCUCCUUUACUGUAAAAUAGUUCCUGACGUGGACGUGUCUGUCUCUGUAGGUUCUAGUGGAACGUCAUGGACUCGGUGGUCCAGGUGUUUGUGGUCCUCCUGGUGCCAAAAGAGACCAAAUGCUCAUCAUGCUGAUAUUAGCAUCAUGUGUUAGCUAAUUGCUGUGUAACAUGCUAAUGUAUGCUAACAUGCUAACAUAAUAACUGUCCUUUCAAAAUGUAAUCUAUUACAGUUACUUUGAUUUGAGAGUAAUCUGUUACUUCAAAGUAUUAUGUUACACUUUGACUUGUCAUCAUAAAAAUAAUCGCCUCAAAAAAACAUCAUGAACUCGCAGAUAUUCGUCCAAUCAGAGAACACCUUACUGACACGUUAAAGGAACGACACAUAACUGUGUGUAACACUGACGUCUAGUUGUUAACUCCUCCGAUUGUUUUGUUCCUCUCCGAUUGUUUAGUUCCUCUGAUUGUUUAAUUCCUCUGAUUGUUUUGUUCCUCUCUUAUUGUUUUGUUCCUCUCCGAUUGUCUUGUUCCCCUCCGAUUGUUUUGUUCCCCUUCGAUUGUCUUGUUCCUCCGAUUGUUUUGUUCCUCCGAUUGUUUUGUUCCCCUCCGAUUGUUUUGUUUUGUUCCCCUCCGAUUGUUUUGUUCCCCUCCGAUUGUUUUGUUCCUCCGAUUGUUUUGUUCCUCUCCGAUUGUUUUGUUCCCCUCCAAUUGUUUUGUUCCCCUCCGAUUGUUUUGUUCCUCUCCGAUUGUUUUGUUCCUCUCUUAUUGUUUUGUUCCUCUCUUAUUGUUUUGUUCCUCUCCGAUUGUUUCACAGCAUUAUGUUCAGCAGAAUAAACUCUGUAGAUGUCAGUACAACCAUCUCACAGUGACGUGCUUCAACAGACUCAUUAACAUUGAACUACAUCUCCUAUGAACAUCCACCAGCGUACAUUUGAAGCACUGAAUAAACAUGAGUAGUUAGACUUUAAAGGUCAGUGAGGUUCUAAAUGAGUUUCUUCUGGAACGGAACCUGCCGGUUCUGGUUCCACUUUCUGUGUGCCAUGAGACAAAACUCAUGUUGAAAAGCUUAAACCUUUUACAGAUGACGGUUUAUAAAAUAUAAUCAUAAUAAUUAUCCAUCUGUUACAUUUUAAUAAAGUUUGAAAAUAUU